AUGUCACAAAUACCCGAUGAUGCCAGCAGCAUGAGCGAUGAUGUCUUCGAAGAUCCGGAGACGACACAGAGACGUGUGGAGGAGGCCAGGCGACGCAAAGAACAAGAACAGCAACAGUAUAGCAGCUAUAGCCGCGGUUCCGGCUACUAUGGUGAUGGGGCAUUGGCCUCAUCGGAAUAUUGUCGCUCUCAGGCACCCUCGGGCUAUCCGGGCUAUCGACCACCCCGUGAGGCACUACAAAUGUACGCUCUGGAAGAUGCUGGCUAUACAAUAGAAGAUUACGACGAUGGCUGGCGUUCAUAUCAUUACGAUGAGGUGGGCAUGUUUCAGCAGCCGGUACAUCAUCAGCCACCCUUUGAUGAUACCGUGAAUCAUAAGACUAUUCUGCUGGGGGACUCUGGCGUGGGAAAAACAUCAUUCCUCGUUAAAUACAACACUGGUGAAUUUCGUUUGGGUUCGUUUUCGGCCACAGUGGGUAUUGCCUUAACGAAUAAAGUGGUGGUUGUGGAUGGAACCCGAGUGAAAUUGCAAAUUUGGGAUACCGCCGGUCAGGAACGUUUUCGCAGUGUCACUCAUGCUUAUUACCGAGAUGCUCAUGCUUUACUGCUACUCUACGAUGUUACCAAUAAAACAACCUAUGACAACAUCAGAGCCUGGCUAUGUGAAAUACGAGAUUGUGCCCAAGAAGAUGUGGUUAUUGUACUGAUUGGCAACAAGGCUGAUUGCAGCAGCAGUGAUCGACAAGUGAAGCGUGAAGAUGGUGAACGUUUGGCACGUGAACACAAUGUACCCUUUAUGGAGACAUCGGCCAAAACGGGUUUGAAUGUGGAAUUGGCAUUUCAAACUGUUGCCAGACAACUAAAAAGUCGUGGCUACGACCAAGGCGAUGCGGGAAAAUUCAAUGUACACGAUUUUGUUCGAGAUAAUACCAAGGCAAAAAGUAUAUGCGCUCAGUGUACUUUUUAAACGAUUCCAUGGAAUUU